CUGUUGCUUCAGGCCAUGAUCCUGCUGCUGUUCCUCCUUCUUUAUUCAUACCACAGUGAACAGAGUAUCUGCCAAGCACGAGCUGCUGUAAUGGUCUACGACGAUGCCAAUAAAAAAUGGGUACCGGCUGGUGGAUCGACUGGAUUCAGCAGAGUUCAUAUAUAUCAUCACACAGGCAACAACACAUUCAGAGUAGUGGGCAGGAAGAUUCAGGAUCAUCAGGUGGUAAUAAAUUGUGCCAUUCCGAAAGGGCUGAAGUACAAUCAGGCUACACAGACCUUCCACCAGUGGCGUGAUGCUAGGCAGGUGUAUGGUCUAAAUUUUGGCAGCAAAGAAGAUGCCAACGUCUUCGCAAGUGCCAUGAUGCAUGCCUUAGAAGUAUUAAAUUCACAGGAAGCUGUGUUCUAUUUAGGUCCUACAUUGCCUCGACAGAAUUCACAGCUUCCCUCUCAAGUACAAAAUGGUCCAUCACAAGAAGAGCUGGAAAUCCAGAGAAGACAGUUGCAAGAGCAGCAGAGGCAGAAGGAGCUGGAACGGGAGAGGCUGGAUCGUGAACGAAUGGAACGGGAGAGGCUGGAGAGAGAGAGGCUAGAAAGGGAAAGACUUGAAAGAGAGCGCCUAGAGCAGGAGCAACUGGAGAGAGAACGGCAAGAAAGGGAACGGCAAGAACGCCUAGAAAGGGAGAGACAAGAGAAAGAGAGGCAGGAUCGAGAGAGACUGGAACGACUCGAACGGGAAAGGCAAGAAAGAGAACGGCAAGAACAGUUGGAAAGGGAACAAUUGGAAUGGGAAAGAGAGAGAAGAAUUUCAAAUGCCGCUCCAUCUUUCGACAACUCCCCGUAUAGCACUCCACUUCCUGACUACUCCAGUUGCCAGCCUCCUUCAGCACCUCCUCCAUCAUAUGCAAAAGCAGUCUCGGCACCACUGGCGGAGGCCACCCCGGAGUACGCUGUAGUGACUUCUGCACCACCGACUUCCACCCCCCCUACACCGCCUCUAAGGCACUCUGCAUCACGUUUUGCUACAUCCUUAGGCUCGGCUUUCCACCCCGUUCUCCCCCAUUACGCCACGGUUCCUCGCCCGCUGAACAAAAGUUCUCGGCCCCCUUCUCCCGUCAACGCCCCAGCCACUUUGCCUCCGAACGCAAAGCCUGUUGCCUGGUCCGCCCCCAGUUUUGCCCCCCUUCCUCCAUCUCCUCCAGUCAUGAUAAGCAGCCCGCCAGGCAAAGCCACCGGUCCGAGACCUGUCCUCCCAGUGUCGGCUUCUAAUCCGGCCACCCAAAUGUCCACAUCUCCCACGGCUCCUAACGGGCUUCCUGAAAACCUGGCUUAUCCGGUUCCUUCACCUUCUACCUCAGGUCCAACUCCGCCUCCGCCACCUCCUCCCCCCCCACUGCCUUCCUUUCCGCCUCUCUCACUCUCUGGACCUCAAGCUUCUCCUUCUCCCAACUCCCCCAAUGCCUCGACUCCCUCGUCCAAGCCUAGUGUUCUCCCUUCUCCCUCUGCAGCUCCCCCUGCCUCUGUUGAGAACUCUCUAAACUCUGUGCUGGGAGACUCCUCUGCUUCUGAGCCAGUCUUGCAGGCAGCCUCUCAGCCCGUUGAACCUACGACCCAGCAGGGUGUUGUCCAAGGACCACCUGCACCUCCUCCCCCCCCCCCCCUGCCCCCUGGCCCAGCUCAGUCUUCAGUAGCAGCCCCACCUCCUCCUGGCCCACCACCACCACCUCCGCUUCCACCGUCAGGGCCUCCGCCGCCGCCACCACCUCCUCCUCCGCUUCCCAGCCAAGUUCCUCCCGUUCCCCCUCCACCUCCUGCUCCCCCCCUCCCUUCCUCUGGAUUUUCAGCGGGAUUCGUGUCGGAAGAAAACCGCCCUUUAACUGGACUAGCAGCCGCACUUGCUGGAGCCAAACUUAGGAAAGUCUCACGGGGUGAAGACUCCUCCAGUUCAAGUGGAGGAGGCGGCGGCGGCGGCUCUGCUUCAUCUAAAACAGAGAGUACCCGUGGAAAUGGACCCCUUCCCUUGGGAGGCAGUGGGUUGAUGGAAGAAAUGAGUGCCCUGCUGGCCAGGAGGAGAAGAAUUGCUGAAAAGGGAUCAACAGAACCAGAGCAGAAAGAAGACAAAACUGAAGAAUCGGAGUCUUCAACUUCUAAGGUUUCUUCAACAAGCACACCAGAACUAACAAGAAAGCCUUGGGAAAGAACAAAUACAGUGAAUGGAAGCAAGUCACCUGUUAUCUCCAGACGGGAAUCUCCGUGGAAAAAUCUGCUUGCUUCUGAAAACAGGUUCUAUGAUUCAUUAAACAGACCAAAAUCCACACCAACGGGGCAACCCAGUGCCAACGGAGUCCAGUCAGAAGGUCUAGAUUAUGACAGAUUGAAGCAGGAUAUUUUAGAUGAAAUGAGAAAGGAAUUAACGAAAUUAAAGGAAGAACUCAUUGAUGCUAUCAGGCAGGAGCUCAGCAAGUCGAAUACUGCAUAGAAAGACUAGUACUAAGCCGAUGUGACUCUUUAACUUGGUAUAAAACUGACUACGUUUUGUGAGCUGUUAGAAGAAAACGGAGACAGACACUUGGAAGGAGGGAGAAACAACCUAUUCUGAAAAGCUUCAGACGCAUCACUCUGGUGAUAUGCUAUUCCCCUCCUAGUUUGCAGCUUUUUUCUGACCUUUACAGCAGGGUGGAAAAGACUCUUAAAGUUACUGUAAUGAUUAUGCAGAAAUUCCUACACCUAUCAGACAAGAUCACAGUGCUUUGAAGUCUACUCAUGUCAAAAUAAAAUUGCACAUGUUUCAGAAUUUGUUGUUCAGACAAAAAAAAAAAUAAACAGGGAAAAGCUUGGGAAGGCUUUUCAGAGAGGUUUUCUUUAUUAAUGAAGGAGUUAGCAAGUUAUACUGUUGUACUUCAAAUGUAUCUCAGGUUUGUCUUCCUAUCAUAUCUGAUAUUUCCAUGAAUAAUUUAAAAGAUCAGAUGUGUAGAAGUUCAGUUCACAAAACAUGGAGCAAUUAGAAAUGCGCGCUUUUAAAGGGCAAUAUUUGUAAGUGAAUGACCUAGACAGUGCUGACAUAUCAAGAUUUUGGAAUUUUAUGAUAGGAAGCCUCUCUAGUUAGCCUUCAUGCAAUUUUAUAGGAAAAUAAAGAAAAGCAAAUACAGUCCGGAGUUUAAAGAUGUAGAUGCCUUCCUACAUUGUUACGAUGCUUUACCAAAUCUAAGACUUCUACAUAAUGCGAAUCAGCAGUCAAAUGUAAAUCAUUAGUAUGUUGUAGAUUUACAGUAGAUUUGGGGGCUUUUUUUAGAUUUAUGCAUGUGGACAUUUUUGUAAUGUAACACAACACAGCCAGCUUUUUAAUUAAAAGAAAAAUUGCAUGUCACAGAGUAGCCUUUUCAUUUGUAAGGCUUAAUUUAUGCCCAGAAAGAUGCGGGAUGAGGGAGGGGGAAGGUGACACAUUUUUAUUACUUUCUACACUUUUUCUUCAUCUUACAUGCAUGUGUAAUAAUGAGGAAAAUGUGACUUUUAUCAGUAACCAUGUUAAUGGAACCAGGUACUUAAUGCUUUUGUAUCUUUUUCAGUUUUCUAUUUGAAAUUCAGUAAUACUUCCAUAAUGGUUCUGAAACUCCCAUGUGAACCUAACUCAUUUCUCGGUGAGAGAACAAACGUGUAGGCAUCUGAGUUACUGAGGAUGCACCUGUGUAAGUGCGUUGUCCUUUUCCUUUUUGCCGUGACCCUCCACAUCACUCUUUUCUGAGACUCCUUUUCUGAUCGUUUAGUGAAAACGGGACAGCGGUUAGUUACCUGGAAGGUCAGGUCACAGUAAACAUCCCCUUCUUGUCCUAAUUUAUCUGCCACCCUCCUUCCAAAAAAUUCAAAACCAACAAAAAAACCCCACAGCUCCACACAACCCAAACCCUGACAAACAGCAAUGGUAUGCCAUUGGUUUCAGUCAACAAUUUGAGAAUCCUUUUUAGGGGAGGCAAUCCCUUUCUGUUUCCCAGGGGUUUCGGAUUUUUUGCUUGUAAAUUUUUAUUUUUUUAAUUUUUUUUUAUAUGGUACAGUUCAAUGGAAUAGAAAUCCUGUGAAUUGGAUCUGUAGCGCUUUGGACAAGGAAUAUGGAUCAAAAUCUUCCCUUUUCUUUUGCACUGUCAAUUUUUCUGAGCCAUAACAGUGCUGUGUUUGGCUUGGGAUCUGGGCUGGUCCAAAAGAAAAAAUUACUUAGAGCUUUUGGACAGAUUAAUGUUUCAGUGUAAAAGUACAUGCAGCUCCAUUUGUAGGACAAAUAUCUUUCAAUAAAAUACUGUCUGAAGUGCUGAGCACCAAAGCAAAAGAGCACUUACAGCUUUGGAGAGGCUUCAGUAAGAAAUUUUUCUCCAAACAUUUCCUGUUUCUAUAGGCUCAAAUUCUAAGGGGAGACUACAGUGGAAAUAUUGCCUAGCUCCAUUUAUUAAUCAUUUUUUAUAAAGAAAAAAGAAAAACAAAAACAUUUUUCUGCAUGCAUUAAAAAGUAAAAUCUGUAGUAAGCUUGUCAAGUACUGUUUUUCUCAAAACAAGAGGAGGCAUUUUCAUCUUUGUUGAUGUAACUUUUUGUUUUACAUGGACUUUUUGAGCAUUAAGGAAGUUUACCCUUGUCAGAAAUCAUAUUUGAUUUGUUUCUAGGAGAGUUCAGGAGUAGCAUAGUGGAAUAGCGUGAAUGGGUAUAAGUGGUCCAAAAUUAAAGGCUGAACUACUAGAUUGUGCAAGGAACUGGCUUAUGCACUAAACGUUUUGUGCCUUGGUCUACAAUUAACAUGAUUUCUGUUAAAAAAAGAAAAAGGAACAGAUGUCGUCUUUUGUGCUGCUUCUACAUACAUACUUUCUGUAAUCCCAAAACUGCCGAAUUGGUUCUUUCCAGAAAAUUGGAUUGAAUUAAAGAUUACUGUAGACAUUUCCAGUCCUACUGACAGUUGCACCAUUUCCAGAGAUUUCAGUAUUGAAAAUGACCUGCAGAAGCUAAGAUUAUUUUGCUUACUGGUAACGAAGUUCUUUAAGAAAAAAAAAACACAUUGUGGUGGUUCUGUGCUUUUGUACAAUGGAUGUCUUAAGCUGAGGGCAGUUUAAGGGAUCCUUUCUAAUGCCAGGAAGGCGUUGCUUUCCUUUACACUGUGAUCUGACCCUAUGAUAAACCUGUACUAUAGGCAAGUGGCUACCAAGUCAACUGCAAACCAACUGAAUGUAAAAAUCUUAGUGCUGGUGCUGAAAUCUCUUCAGAAUAGUCAUAAUGAUUUCCAGUUCAUUGUUUUAAAAAGUUACCAACCAUCCAGUGUCAAUCAAAGACUGAAGAUGAUCACUAAUGAAUGUUGACUUUUCAUGCAUUUAGGUUUACCUUCUUUUUAGUUUUUCAGUUCAUUCUCUGCUAUUUUUAUCAUAUUGUGUCAUUUAAAAUUUCUUACAUGCUAACGUUUUGUUUGAGCGAAUGAAAUAAAAUUGCAAUAUAUACAUGUUGCCACCAAUUAUUUCUGGAACUUCCUAGAAGACUCUCCAAGGUUUACUACUUAAAUUCCCAAAAUUUUUAAUGACUGUGAUCGUUCCUUACUCCUUGAUUCCAUCACUCCCUUCUGUUUCUCCAUCAGAAGACUCAGUAGAGAAAAGUGAAGACUUACCUUACAAAGAAUGUAUUGCAGGGACUGUGUAACGUUCGUGAAAGGUAACAGCUGUACAUAAAUUGAAAUCUAUUUUAAAUGUAUGAUUUGAUUUACCUUCUUACACAGCAUACACUUUGGUCUCUGUAUGCACAGAGAACUUGGGAAGGAGGGAGAGAGAAGGAUGGUGGGAAAAGUAAUUGCAGUUAGUCUGAUUUUUUUUCUCUUGGCUGCUUUUAUGUCCAUGACUUACUUUCAAUGCUGGAAAUAAAAACUACCAUAAAAGAAUACAGCUUUCUGUACACUAAGGACAGAUUCUAAAAUGGUCUGAUAUUAUUGGGGUAAUGUUUAGGCAACAAGUAGUAAAACUUCUGAUUUAAAUUUCUGAACGGUGUUGCAAAAUCUGUCAGUGUCAAGAGAUGCAUGGCAUCUGUUUUUUAAAGUUGUGUAUUACAAAAGUAGGGACAUGGUCCGCAGUUGAUCAAAGUGGUGAUUAUCAACACUUUACACAGGCUCUUCUGGAUAUGUUUUCCGUAGGCACAGUUCCAGUUCUAAAUAUGACUUGCCAGCGUGUCUCUUGCAACUAACCAUACAAAGCUUGCAAAAUGAAGAGAUUCCCUCUGUUUUCGGUAGGUGAACCAGACUGGGCUGACAAGGAACAAGAAAGAAGUUUCCCAAACUGGUUUUGUUCUCAAUACUAACAAUUGUUGGUGCAACUGUAAAUUUUCUUGCCUGUGUUGGCUGUCACUGUGGGGUCUUUCAUGGAGAGCAAGUGAAAAGGGAAGGAGUCAGGGAUUUCAGUGGAUCAGGGGCCAGUGCAAAGUACUUGAAGAACAAGCUAAAGUUCAUUUAAAUCUUUUGUCUUAGGGGACGUUUUUGGGUGUUCAAGUGCUGAGUAUUUAAUGCUCAGUUACAUGGUAUCUAGGAGAGUCUUAAUGGAGAGAGAGAAACAAGUUGGUUAAAUCAACUGUCACAAUACAUAUUUACACAUUCAAAAGAGAGCAUGUCUUUAAGCCACCCCAUAUGAAGGCCUGACAGGAGUUAAGUACUUUUAUCCCUUGGAGAUGGCCACCUAAGACUGUUGAAAUUGAUAUGUUGGGUCAGGAAAUCUAUUAUUUAGGUUUGCCAUCUUAAUUAAAAAUGUGCUAAUAGAACUUGGCAUAAUUGCCCAAGGUAUGGAUGAGGAGAUGUAGUUCUAGAUGUUGAGAAAGCUUAGCUAGACCUUAAAGUCACAGCACUGGUGACUGCACGUUACCUGGGGAUCAACACUUUCAUUUAUUGCGCAGGGGUUUCUUCAGGUAGUUGGUUAUCACAGUGAUGCUUGAAGUAAUCAAACAGCUUGGUAAAAUUACCUCAAUUUCAUAAAUGGAUCCCAGUUGAACUCUUUGUAGUUUCAUAAGAUCAAGGUUAGAAAAUGCAUUUAUAUAGCUUGGUGUCCUGAUUCUUACUCAAUGGGUAUUCUUUAUUCAGUGCCCUACCUUGAUAAACUGUUAAGUGGCAAAGAUGUAGAGCUGUAUUGCUGGCUCUGGUUGUUGCAGCUCUUAUGGCUUAAUUAAUUAAUUAUUGCUUAACUGAAUAACUAUGGCAAAAUUAUGUGGACCACCUUCUCCUCCCUUAGCAACCUAUUUUAGAGCUGUUGCUGGUGUGACAUUCUCACUUCUCUUUAUGACCGCAGGUCUCCUCUGCUACUGCUCAAGUGUUGUAGAGUUGGAAGUGAUCUCACAUUGUGAUCCUAUGUUUACCAUCUUGAAUCUCAAGUGUAAUUUGUUUAUUAGCAGCCAGCUGGGGCCACUGAAGUCCCUACAUACUCUGAACAACUUUUUACUCAGCAAUAAAGUGACCUCUGCUGACCACCCUGUGA